AUGGCAAUUGGAAGCCUACACGUGUUAAUAAAAGGCAAUACGAACUCAACAGUUGACCAAACUCUAGGAUCGGAAAUGGCUACAUCAACAAAUCGUGGAGGAACGUCGAAAGAACAUAUUGUUCUGAUUCCAUUACAUAAAACUUCAACAGAAAAUAUUGUAUCAUUGGAAAGACGUCAAAUUUAUGAUAUUAAUGAUCCAAAUAUUUUACAUAGGGGUAGUGGUCCCAAUUCAGAUUUUAUCGUUUAUAAAAAUUCACAAGCAGCUCAAAAUGAAUCAGAAUCUGUACAUUUUUCUUCUCGUUUCAAUGUGUAUAUAACAGAUAAACAAACUCAAGAAUUACAUCAAGAAAGUCGUCAUAUUCGUUUAUGGUUUUAUGAUGUUAUUAGAAAUCAAUGUUUAUAUGAUGCACAUGAAUUAAUUCGAUCAUUACUUAAAUCAGAUGAAUUUCCAAGAGAUUAUUUUUCAUUUAUAAAACGUUUAAUGGAAUUGAUGCGUAAAUAUCCAAAUAUAAGAAAAAUUGAAUUAGAAAUUAUAACUCUUGAGAAUAGUUUAGAACCGGGAAAUCCAAUGCAUCAAAAAGAUCCAAAACGUUAUGAAGAUUUGAUUAAAGAAAAACUUUUGGAUUUACUUGAACGGGCAUUUCCAAAUACAAUGCAAGUCAACGAUUUAGCAAAAUAUGUUGAGUGUGAUGCUCAAACAGUAUUUCAAUUUUUAGUUGAAUUGGAAAAAAAAAAUUUAGUAAAACAUUUAGAUGAAGAUGGUCAAUUAUGGACGCGUGUUAUAAUAACAGCUUCAGAAGAAGACACUCAUAAAGUGAUAUUAUACAAAUCAGUGUUAGAAGUUUCGAGUGUAUUUCAACCAACUAUUGCUAUCAUAACAGUGAAUUAUUUUGAAAAAUUAGCGGUUGAUUCAAUGAUUGAAAAUAAAGUAACAUUUGUUCGACAUAAAGCAGGAGAAUCAAAUGUGUAUACAAUUGGAACAAUUGGUCCUCAUCAUGUUGUUUCAACAAAAUUACCCCUGCUUGGAAGAAGUCGUACAGCACAAAUAUCAACUGGAAGUACUACAACUCGUUUACUCGGAACAUUUCAACACAUUGCUCAUGUGUUUGUAAUUGGUUGUGCAGGAGGUGUACCUCAUUAUACGGAUUAUACGAAACAUGUGAGACGAGGUGAUAUUGUUGUUGGUUAUCCUAAUCAAGAAGAAUAUGUUUAUGGAAUUUAUGAAGUAGAACAAUCAAAUGAAGGUUUUGAAUUUGUUUCAACAUGUUUUAAACCAAAAAGUUUUGAAUUAUACAAAAUUAUUAAUUCAAUAAAACAAAGUUAUCAACAAACAAAAUAUUCAAAUAUUCAAUAUCCAUGGGAAAAAUUUCUUUCUGAAGGAAUUCAAAAUCUCUCAUCACACAAUAUCGACUGUAUUCCACCAACUCAUAAUGAUAAAUUAUAUCUUAAAAUGGAUAGUGGAGAUGUAGUAGAAGUUGAACAUCCAACAGAACAACAACCUCAACAAGGAAAUUCAUCAAAACAAAAAAAUUAUCAUUCACCAACGUUAAGAUUUGGAAUGAUAGCUGGUGGAAAAAAUGUGGUGAAUAAUGAUUAUUUAAAAACUGUAUUAUCUGAUACGUGUAAUGUUUUAUGUUUCGAUUCUGAAAUUGAUCAAGUUUUAGCUGCCAUUCAAGGAAAUAGAACAGAAUCAUUUCUUAUUAUACGCGGCAUAUCGGAUUAUCAUGAUGGAACAUUAAAUAAAGAUUGGCAAUGUUUUGCUGCUUUAUGUGCCGCUUCAUUUAUGAAAACUAUUAUUUAUAAAAUACCGGUACCGAAAAAAAAUUAUCAAAAUGAGCAAGAUGAUGAGAUUUUAUAA